CAAAAGUCAGCUGAUGGACGCUGUGACAUAUACACACGGUGGCUCUGACAAGAAACAGGUGUGUGAGUCCGUCUCAGCAGCGCAAUGGCGAAGGUCAGGGAGCAGAACGGAGGAGCAUCCAUAGAAGACCACGAUGUGGAUAGGAAGAUAAAGAACAAGCUACCAAUAGAUCGCGGCUGGGCAUGGGUCAUUGUUGGAGCUACAUUCUGCAUCAACCUGAUUCAAGUUGGCAUGUACCGGUCGUUUGGCAUCCUUUUCGUGGAGUUCCUGAAGGAAUUCAAAGCGUCAACAUCUGUGACGUCAUUAAUCAUGGGGAUCUACUCUGCGUCUUAUAGUCUAACAGCUUUGUUCGGACUCAGCAUUGUUCUGGACAGGCUCAGCAUCCGUGCAACAUGCUUGAUUGGUGGAAUGUUAAUGUCCCUCGGUGGCAUCCUCAGCUUCUUCGCCAUGAACAUUGAGUUCCUCAUCUUCGCUCAAAGUAUCCUCACAGGAAUGGGUUCCGCUUUGCUCUAUGGUCCCGGGCUAGUCAUCAUUGGCUUGUAUUUCGAGAAGAGGCGAGCCCUUGCUCAGGCAAUGAGCAGUUGUGGAGUUAGCCUUGGGGGAAUGAUCGUUCCACAACUCAUAAGAGUUCUAUUGAACGAGUACGGACUAAGAGGCACACUUCUGAUAAGUGGAGGUCUACUUAUGGAAAUUCUGAUCUUUGUCCUUCUAUACAGACCUGCGCCAUGUAGGGAGAGUCACGAACCCCAAGACAUUAACGGAAUCGCUGCACUGGAGAAGUUUAAGGAACAUAUUAAAAGUGAUUUUGAAAUUGUGUCUAUAGAGUCUAUAAAUGACAAUGUUUCCCUUCCUCCUACACCAGUCACUCUGUCACGUAUCGGCCACAUUGGAAAUGGUAUCAGAAAUGGCCACACUGAAACUGCCGCUGUGAACAGUCAUCCCAAUGCGAACACAUCUGUUGCGAAAAUGCUCAUGAAGAAACAGGAACCAUUCCGUAUCCGAACAGAAUCUGACCCAACAAUUCAAAUUCAUAAACGUUUCCAACGUUCUCUUCGUGUUCCAAAUGAACAUCUUCCUGCCAAUGGAUCCGCCGACUGUGUCCAAAUUUCGCAAAGUGAAACAAACAUUUCCGACGAGAGCAGUUCUCCUGGGGAUAAUGAGGACCCACGGUCUCCAAACCGUCUUCGCCAGACAGACAAAGGACAUGCCAACUAUUUUGGAAGUUUCAUUGACACACUGUCUCAGUCCAGUUAUCUAAAAUAUGCCAGCAAUGCCGACAUUAAUAUGAUCUCAACCCUCAGUCUCAAUAACAUCAUAACUUGUUCUGAAAAUGUGAAACAAUAUGAAGGAAAUGUGUCAUGUUUUACAAAGGUUAAAAAAAUCACUAGAUUUCUCUGUUUUGAGACGAGCUACCUUUUAUUUGAUUGCAUUUUUCAACUUUUUCGGUGUCUGUGCAGUUUCACUCUAUGCUGCCUACCUCCCAGCUGCCGUAGAGGAAGCUGGCUUUACAAAUGUGGAAUCUGCAUUGCUGAUUACAAUAUAUGCUGGAGUCGAUUGUUUUAGCAGAUUUUAUCAGGAAUUAUAGUUGAAUCUGGAAAAAUCAAGGCUCAGCAUUUACUUGCUAUAUUCAUGAUUGCUACAGGUGUGCUGUACCAGUUGACUAAAUAUUAUACCUCCUUCAACCUUCUGAUCAUGUAUGCUGUGCUCUUUGGAAUGUUCUCUGGUGGCUUCCCUUCAAUGAAUCCUGUGGUGAUGGUUGACCUUCUUGGCUUGGAGACCUUUCCUAAAGCUCUUGGAUUUGUACAGAUCUUCACUGGUGUGUCUCUUGCUGCAAUACAUCCUGUGCUGGGAGCUUUAAGAGACAUCACGGGAACAUACCAUGCAUCCUCUCAUCUACUUGGUGCUUGCGCCAUAAUAUCGUCUGUCUUCCUGCUCUUCGAGCCUCUUGCUAGAAGAUGGGACUCUUCCAGGAAAACCAACGCCAACGAGGAAGAGGUCAAAGCAUUGAACAGUUAAUCUGCUAUCAAGGUCACAUGAAUACAUGUAGCUGUGUAUGUGUACACUAAUGAUGUUGUUUGAUUGAUUGAUUGACUGAUUGAUAGUUGUUUAACGACGCGCUCAGCCAUAUAUCCCAGCUAUAUGGCAGCGGUUUGUAAAUAAUCAAGUCUGGACCAGACAAUCCAGUGAUCAAUAGCAUGAACAUCGGUCUACGCAAUUAGGAUACGAUGACAUGUGUCAACCAAGUCAGCGAGCCUGACCACCGGAUCCCGUUGGUCGCCUCUUGCGACAAGCAUGGGUUACUGGAGACCAAUUUUUACCCGGAUCUUCACGGGUCGAUUCUGUAUGAACGAAUGCAGGUGUGGUAUUGUAUGUUAUAAACAUGAAUAAGUUGUGUUUGUGAGUUCUGAUGUUGACAAUCAAAUGAAGGUGUUUUAUCGCCAUUCCUUGAGAACAUACAAGAGACUAUUCAUCUUCCAUUUUAUACAUAUACGACUUCCAAAGCCUUCACUGUCACGUAUCGUCCUCUCCGUAUGAUUAUUGUAACAUCGUGUAACAUUGACGUUAAGAUACACUAAUCAGACUUUCUUAUCCUCACCAAUGGCUCAGACAAACGAAUAUUGAUGCGUUUUGAUUACAUUACACAAAGUUGGGAUCAAACAAUACCUCAGCUUUCAUCAACGUUAUUAUCAAAUCUGUGCCUGAUGUGAAUAAACAUUUUUUCUCUCUAAAUAACACGAUUAUAAUUGCUGUAAUCAUAAAACUAUUUUUCGUGUAUCUGGAAUAUCAAACGUUCAGUACAUCGAUGGUUCUGUGCUUUUUUACACCAUGCAUCAAACAUUCCUCAAGCCUUCAGGUUCAGUUCAGUUCUCCCCCAAAUAGGGGCGAUGGGGUAGCCUAGUGGUUUAAGCAGUCGCUCGUCACGCCCGAAGAUCCGCUUUCUAUUCCCCACAUCAGUACAAGCUGGAAAAGUUUUGUGUUUUGUUGGUUUGGUUAUUUGUUUGUUUUGUUUGUUUUUUUUGUUUUGUUUUUGUUUUUCUUAUUCUAAGGGACGUGCCGAAUAAGUUUUGGGUUAUCAGCUAUUGAUUACAAAUUCUGCUUUAGAACGGUCGACGUAUUGUCAUCUCAUGGUAUAUUUCUAUUAAGCGUGACUUUCUUUCAGCAAUAAAUCAUGCUAUUUUCAACAGCUAAUGUGAAGAGUUUCAUUAAACUGACAUGCAUGGAUAUCAUCCAUUCAUUCCCAUUCCAAUCAAUGUUUCAUUGUGUAUAUAACUGAUUUGUUUUGAUACCACUACUUCAAUCUACUAUGUAAAUGUCCACGAUGGAUAAAUACGAAGAUAAUUCAAAUAAAUACUCCAGAAACAGU